CCUCGUUGUAAUUCAUUAAAUGGGCCGACUUCAGAGGAUCGGGCCCUCGCUGGCCUUCCCGAGCUUCCUUCUUCCCACCUUCCGUUUCUUUCCUUCUCCUACCGGUUUUCUUUCUUCCGACUUGCUUUUGAUUCUUUGAUCAUCUCAUCUGCCGCCAUUUCCUAGGCUCUGCACCCUGCUUUGAGAUCAAAAGCACAGAAAAAGUCAGAGCAAUGGCCAUAAUAAACUUUCUGCCCAUUUCCCCCGGAACCACUUUCGGGGGUUUUAGUUGAGAUAUAACAACCAAUACUGAAUCUGUUCUCCCCCUUCUCCAAUUUACAUCAUCGCUCGCUGCGUGAAUUGGUUUCUGUUUCCCUAGGGGUUUCUGUUGAUCUUCACUUCGUUUGCACAAUUUGUUGGCUCAUUGAUGGCGGAGUCAGUGAUGGAUAAUAAAAAGAGUGUGAGCGAGGGUGGCAACCGGCGCCGGUGGGCGGUUUUCUUCGCUAUGACUGUUCUGAUCAUUGCUCUGUCUGCUGCUUCCACCGCCGCCCCAAAGAUCUCUCUCUUCGGUAAAUUCAAUACGCUAUGCAGCUGCUCCCAGCAGCAGAAAUAUACUGGGAUUGUGGAAGACUGCUGCUGCAACUAUGAGACAGCUAACCUUUUGAACGAGGAAGUAUUGUAUCCGUCUCUCCAGGAGCUUGUCAAAACCCCAUUCUUCCGUUAUUUCAAGGUGAAAUUAUGGUGUGACUGCCCUUUCUGGCCCGAUGAUGGCAUGUGCAAGUUGAGGGAUUGCAGUGUCUGUGAAUGUCCAGACAAUGAGUUUCCUGAACUGUUUAAGAGGCCUUUCCGCCGUGGUCUGCCCUCAGAUGCUCCUAAAUGUCAAGAAGGCAAGCCCGAGGCUACCGUUGAUCGCACCCUUGAUCAUAGAGCUUUUAGGGGUUGGAAAGUGACUGAUAACCCAUGGACAAAUGAUGACGAGACUGACAAUGCUGAGAUGACAUAUGUGAAUUUGCAACUGAACCCUGAACGAUAUACUGGAUACACUGGUCCAUCAGCUAGAAGGAUAUGGGAUGCUGUUUACUCUGAGUCAUUAUCAACAGAUCCAUCUGAAGAGCUGUGCCAGGAAGAGAGAUUGUUAUAUAAAUUGAUUUCAGGUCUGCACUCAUCCAUUUCCAUCCAUAUUGCUGCUGACUACCUGCUUAAUGAAGACACAAACUCGUGGGGUGAAAAUCUGACUUUGAUGUAUGAUAGAGUUUUGAGAUACCCUGAACGUGUUGGGAACUUGUACUUUACGUACCUCUUUGUUCUGCGAGCUGUCACAAAGACAGCGAGGUACUUGGAGCAAGCUGAGUAUGACAUUGGUAAUCCUACCGAGGAUCUGAAGGCUCAUUCCUUGAUCAAGCAGCUACUCUAUAAUCCAAAACUUCAAGCCGCUUGCCCACUUCCAUUUGAUGAAGCUAAACUUUGGAAAGGUCAACGAGGACCUGAACUGAAACAGAAAACACAAGAACAGUUCAGAAACAUAAGUGCAUUAAUGGAUUGUGUAGGCUGUGAGAAAUGCAGACUUUGGGGAAAGCUCCAGGUUCUUGGCCUAGGUACGGCAUUGAAGAUACUGUUCUCUGAUAACGGGGAAGACAAAAUAUUCCGAACAUUGCAGUUACAGAGGAAUGAAGCAAUUGCAUUGAUUAAUCUUCUGAAUCGGCUGUCCGAAUCUGUUAAAUUCGUCCACGAAAAGGGUGCUGCGCUUGAAAGGACCAUGGAACAACAGAGUGGCUUCUUCCCCAUCGCAAAUGUCCUCUUGGCAAAAGUUUGGCCUUUUAGUUCAAGCCUGCUAAGGUAAUAGUAGAAGAGGAGUGCUUCUUUCAUGCCAUUGGUGACAACGUCUAGUUGGCUGAGGGCUUAGAUCCAGUAUAACACUUAUGACUUAACCGUUGGCAGAUUACAGACUGAAAUUUGAACAUCGACACAAACUUCACAUAGGGAAAACAAGGAAAAUUGUAGAGCUGAGUCAUGUAUGUGUUAUAUGUACCUUGACAAUAGAUAAGAUGUAACAACAGCAGACAAUUUUCUCUGGAAAUUAAAAAGUGCUGCACAAAGCCAGAAGUUCAUUGCUUACAAUAUAUACUCUUUCUUUUCAAUAUGAAUUACAUUACGGACCAAAGGAUAGAACAUAGUAGCAGCUUCCAGCAGCGACCUGUGUUGAGUCGACCUCACAGCCAAAAAGUUCUCGACGGUUCGUUCUAUAUUAGCUUUACUAUCUCUCGACUCCAAAACGAGGACCAUCUCGUCAUAUAUGCGAAUACCAAUCUGGCAAGAAACAACAAUAUAACAGUAAUCUUUAGUUGCAGCACGGCUGGAAGUUCAGUGGUCAGUUCCCAGUUAAUCCAGUAUUGAUGUACCAAAGGUUGAAGUUGUCCCUUCUCUGCAACUCUACCAACUCGCAAAACACAGUUGCAAUUUAACCACAUUCACCGCCACUAGAUCACGUCUUACUGUAAUGAGAAGUUACACAGAGAGAUGUAUGCAGAUGCACACAUCCAUCCAAUUUGACAGCAGCACUAGGUUUAAAAGGGCUUCCAUAAAACAAUUCGCAAAAGAUGGCAGGCUGAUUCCAGGGUUACACACUUGUGGCCGAGCAGCUAUAACACAAAUACUACCGACCCUUCUUGGAGCAUUUGGUGGGUCUUGUUUUCUCCUUCCUAGAAUCUUCAGGAGGCUUUGAAUCCAGAAAUGGCUGCAAAGUCAAGCAAUUUAAGGCCUUAUUGGCAUUAGGAAGCUGAACAAUCAUCAUUAUAAGCCCACAGAUUUAAACCAACAAGAAACUUGGAUCACCAUAGAUCAAAAGCAUCAACAAACAAAGAAGGGCAGGUACUUGAGAGAAGUGGGGCGAAUUCACUGAAUUCACUAGUACUAGGCAUUAGUUUCUACAUAGCAGUUCUUCUUCCUCAUUUAUACAUAUUCAUAUAGCAGCGAAAGGGCUGUAUGUGUAAAGGUGGAUACUUUUGACUGGAAGAAGGGAUGUAGCUGACCUCUUCCGACUUCUUCUGUAGUUCUAGUAGCUCCUGGCAAUAAGCGAGGCACUCAGCGUGGUAGACAGCCGCCAGCUCUUUUAUCAAAGCCUUCCUCUUGAUUAUACCGAUCACUGCCGACUCGGAUCGAAUGAAGGAGGAGGCGGGUGUGGCGGCGGCGGCGAGGACAGACUGGAUCCGGUUUCCGGAGGAGCGGAGACGGUAUCGCCGGGAGGGGACGUUUGAUCUCCGAGCAUUAUUUGGGGAGAGGGUCUACGAGAUGAGGCUAAGAGCGGAGAGUUAUUAUUGGGCGGCGCCAGGUUCACUGAAUUUUCCCUCGUCAUCGCCAGCUACGGUAGUAGCUGCAAUAUUUUCCUCUCACGCACCCUCUCAGCUUCCUCUCACGGUUUACACGAUCUUCACCGGGCACUUCACUCGGCUGCAAAAUGUCAUGAUCGGAUUCAUACGUGGAGAUUAUUGCAAGUAGACAGUAGGUGUCAACCAAGUUUAACCUAAAAUGAUGUUGUCGUAGUAAAGUGAAAAUUAAGAUCGUAAUCACUCGGAUCCUAGUUCUAUAGCCUACUUCUCAUAUUGUUGUUAUCUAGCCGAUCG